AUUGUACAGGUUGUUGAAUGAAUAUUGUGAGAUUGUGCUGUCGCACAGUCGCUGACAUAAAUUCUUCAUUUACAGCAGCAUGAUGUUACUGCCUUUUUAUUUUUUCAGGAUAGUUUCGGAAGACUGCAUGACAGGGGUAAGGAAGUCCCGAAAUCGACAAAACUCCUGACUAAGCUUUUUCCCAAUAAAGUAACCAUUCACAUGCCACAGGAUGAAGCGCUUCUUGCUUCGUGGAAGCACCAAUUGGAUCGAGAUUCUGAAACCCUCAAAAUGAAAGGAAAUCUCAAUCACCUGCGCACUGUUCUUGGUCGGAGUGGGAUGGAAUGUGAAGGACUUGAGACAUUAUGCGUUAAGGACCAAACACUUACGAAUGAAAGUGCAGAGAAAGUAGUUGGAUGGGCUUUAAGCCAUCAUCUAAUGCAGAAUCCUGAAGCUGAUCCUGAUGCAAGGCUUGUAUUGUCUAGUGAGAGCAUCCAGUACGGGAUUAGAAUCUUGCAGGCUAUCCAGAAUGAAUCUAAGAGCUUGAAGAAGUCACUUAAGGAUGUUGUAACAGAAAAUGAAUUUGAGAAAAGGCUUCUAGUUGAUGUCAUUCCACCCAAUGACAUUGGAGUUACUUUUGAUGAUAUUGGGGCUCUUGAAAAUGUGAAGGAUACGCUGAAGGAGUUGGUGAUGCUUCCUCUACAAAGGCCUGAACUUUUUUGCAAGGGUCAAUUAACUAAGCCUUGCAAGGGCAUAUUAUUAUUUGGGCCUCCCGGAACAGGUAAGACAAUGCUGGCAAAGGCUGUGGCUACUGAAGCUGGUGCAAACUUCAUCAACAUUUCCAUGUCAAGCAUCACAUCUAAGUGGUUUGGUGAGGGUGAGAAGUAUGUGAAAGCUGUUUUCUCACUUGCCAGUAAAAUUGCGCCUAGUGUUGUAUUUGUUGAUGAAGUUGACAGCAUGUUGGGCCGGAGGGAAAAUCCUGGGGAGCAUGAGGCCAUGCGUAAGAUGAAAAAUGAAUUUAUGGUGAACUGGGAUGGCUUACGGACAAAAGACACAGAGCGGGUUCUGGUACUUGCAGCUACAAAUAGGCCUUUCGACCUUGAUGAAGCAGUCAUUCGAAGGCUUCCCCGUAGAUUGAUGGUAAAUUUGCCAGAUUCAGCAAACAGAGCGAAGAUACUAAAAGUCAUACUGGCAAAAGAGGACUUGGGAGAUGUUGAUUUUGAUGCAAUUGCCAAUAUGACAGAUGGAUAUUCUGGAAGUGACCUGAAGAAUCUAUGUGUAACGGCUGCUCACCGUCCAAUUAAAGAGAUAUUGGAAAAGGAAAAAAAGGAACAUACUGCCGCUUUAGCAGAAGGAAGACCCACUCCAGCUUUGAGUGGCAGUGCAGAUAUACGGUCUUUAAACAUGGAUGACUUCAAAUAUGCUCAUGAACGGGUAUGCGCGAGUGUUUCAUCGGAGUCUGUGAACAUGACUGAGCUUUUACAAUGGAAUGAGCUGUAUGGUGAAGGGGGUUCCAGAAGAAAAAAGGCUCUGAGCUACUUCAUGUGAGGGCUUUCCUGUACAAAUGGCUAUUUUUUGCUCAUCUCUUUGUUCUAAGCCCUCGUGCUUUAGUGAAUUUUGCUAUUUUCUUAGGGCUUGGUAGGGAGCCUUUUUGUCUGUAAAAUGAAAUAUAGGUAUUAAGUUAUUUUUUUCCCACCCCGCUCGAGUUAGAUUUGUGAUGGAGGGAAUAAAGUGAGUGUAAGCUUUCCAAAGCCUUGGUGGCUUGGCUUCACUGCUUUUGUUUUGUUCCCCAUCAACUUGUUGUCAACAUAAGGAACUUGUAUUUGUACGUUUAUCAGCAUCAGAAAAGGAAGAAGAAAAGAGGACCCCUAUGCAUAUAUAUUUAUAGGCGUUCUUUAUGGGUUUGUUGGAAAUUGAACAUUAAUAAGCAGUGAUAACAGACGCCAUAUCACACUAUGAUUUGGCUUUAUGAAUGUAUAAUCUAUAUGUGCAUGUAGAGCCUGUUUUCAGUCCUUUGUCUCAACAUUCUUAUGGAGGAUGAUUUCCUUUAAACAAGUACGGCCCAUUUGUUCAUGCUGAAGCAAAGUGUAUUUAUUUAUUUAUUUACCUUCAUAUUC